AACCACAUCCUAUACCAAUUUAUGUGCACAACCAAGGAGGAAGGAUAAUGUUUCAUUUGGAUUAAAAACACAAACGAUAUUAAUGUGACUGAUCAAUUUGUGACAAGCAAACUCGUAGGCCCAACUCGACGACAGCGAACUAAUUUAAUUGUGUAUACUUGGAAAGUCUGUCACGAUUAACUUAACUGGUAUAUGUCAAGGUUCUGCUUUAGGCCCCUUAUUCUUUUUUGUUUAUACAGUUUAUUAGAUUUUAGUAAAAUUAACUAAAUACUAUAAAUGAUUGUUCAUACAGACUUUGUAUUCAGAAUAUUAACUAAUUGUUCUGUGCACUAAAUGUUUUUAAAUCGUCAUGCACAGGCCACCAAUUUUCUAAUCGUACAAUAAAUUUAGGUGUGGUAAAAUAUGAAGCCAUAUUUUUUCAUGCGUAGUACUUCAUAUGCUCGGACAUUUCCAGGCCUUUGUAAGGGACUGCCUAACAAUAAAUAAAAUUUUCUUUGUUGUUGAACGAUGGUUAUAGUAUAUUAUUAUAGAGGCGUAUUGCUUGACGACGCAAGUGCUUUGUGUUUUAUUGGAUCUGUCUGCGAGCGAAAGAAAACGUUCAUCAAGAAUAUAAUUUAAAGAUGGUAAAAUGUUUACAUGUAUCAGGACGUCAGGCCACACUCUGUAAAGUCCUGUCCAUUUUCCACUUCUAAUAUGAAGAAAAUUCUUGGGAAUUCAACGAUGAUAAAAAAUGACGAGACUUUUUACAACAUUUGUUCCAAUUUUAAACAAAAAGGGACAAGAUCAUGUUGCAGAAAGGAAACUUCUCCUGGCAAUAAAUCUUCAACUUCAGACUCUUCCAGUUUUUACAACCUUUUACCUCACUGUCCGAGCAUAGAAUCCUGCCAAACUAUUUCUGAUUGGAAAUUCCAGAUGCUAACAAGUAAAAUUAAUAGGAUGUUUGCCAAGAAAACCUUGAAGACUCCUGAACUUGUAUUGUACUUCCUGCCUAUUGGUCCAUUUCCUGAAUUUGCUCAUGAGUUCAAAUGUCAAGAGUCAAAUGAGUCCCUCUUUCAACUGUUAAUAGCUUUUAUAAAAUCUUUCUUUCCUGGUUGCAUCAUACGGCAUAUACCAGAAGUCAGUAUUUCAGAAAUAAAAGCGAGAAAUCGAAUCCAUGAAUUGACUGGAAAACCUCAAUAUCUUGUUUCAGAUUUGUUAUUAUUCCUGCAGAAACAGUUACCACAAAAUGGAUUUGCUAUCAUUGGUUUAACAUGGCAUGAUAUGUUUCCUUGUGAUAAGUUGAACUUCAUAUUGGGACAGGGUAGUUCCCAACACUCAGCUUGCAUAUCAAGUUUUGGUAGGUUUGAUCCAAAUUAUGUGAAGGGGUUCAAAGGUCAACAGGAAGGAAUCCUACCUCAGGAAAUGAAAGAUGUCACAGAAAUCAAUGGAGAUGUUUUAUGGAAAUUAAUGAAGGUAAUCAGCCACGAGACUUGUCAUGUAUUUGGGAUUUCUCAUUGCAAUGUGUUCGAAUGUUUGAUGAACGCCAGCUCAUCUACUGGUGAAGCAUUAACACAACCUUUGCAGCUAUGUCCACUGUGUUUAAGUAAACUUCAACAUCUGCAAAUAACUUUGAGGUCUUUUGCCAAACGGGAUGAAGUCACUGUCCGUGGUCAUUUCUCAUCUUUGUUAAAUUUUCUUCAAACGACCUUUGACCCUGAGACUUCUCCAGACCUCACAAAUCAAAAAAUACAAGACACCAUCGGGUGGUUGAAAAAUAUGAUCGAAUACUUGGAUUCAUAAGUUUAUACUCAGUUUUUGAGUUCUAAUUAAUUUGACUCCAACGCCAAAAAAACAUUCAAACCUUGUGUGGGAAAUUAUGCACUAGACCAGUGGCUCUCAACCUUUUAUGGCUUCCAGAGGGUUUCAGCACUUUUGUCCCCUCAAUCCAGGAGUAUUGAUAGUGUUAUUAUGAUUGGUAGAUUCUAAAUCCCAUUAUGUUCAAGCAAGUCAUGCUUGUGAACACACCAAAUAACCUUAUAAAGAAAUGAAAUUAGGAAGUACAAGAGUUUUCUUGUGAAGUGAAAAGUAAAAUCAGUUUUCUCCUAGCAUUGUGGUCCCCUUAAACUGCUCUGUGCGCCCCCCAUGGUUGGGAACCGUCGCAUUAUACGAUUUCUGGACUAUUCACCAUUAGUUUGACAAUUGGCGUUAAGAUCGUACUUGUCAUUUCAUCUCUGAUUACUUUAUGCUUGGGUUCGCAAGUUAGAAUUCUGUUCGGGAUAGUUAUGUGGAAGAGGAUUGCUGCUUCUUUCUUGUUGCUAAACUUUUCGGCUUUGUCCGCCAUCUAAAAUGAAUGAUUAUCAAGACUGGUAACGGGAUAAGAGGCGCCAUACAAUUUAAUCAGUUGUUCCCAAACUGCAUCCAUGGCCAUUGUAACGAUUUAAUAAGGGCCAGCCGAGCUCCGAAAUAGUUUAAUACUUUAUGCUUUUUGACUUCUUGUGUUCUAAAUACCAUCCAAUUGUCACAUCAUUAUCAAAGUUCAAGCAUGUGUAUAUUUGUAACACGUCAAUUAUACCGGUAGGCGGUAUCUUAAUUAUACGUACCGGCUCUUCCCAUCCACUGGCCCGUGAAUUCAAUUAUAUCGAUAUUUUAAUUUAACGUACUGUUACUGGACCCUUGUGGCGCCCCCUCUCCUGGCCCACGAAUAUCUUUCCACUUCUAAUUUUGGCCCCCCCGCUGUCUCUCCCGGGAUGAAUAUAAAAAUCUAGAAGGUUGUGUAUGUAGUACUUAUAUAUUUCAUUGCUCUUCAGUACAUGUAUCACACAAUCUUAC